AUGAGCACGCACCGCGCCCACGAUCCGCACAUGACCAUGGCGGCAGGCUCGUACUUUGGCGCUUGCCCCUUCAUCCGCUGGUUCAGUCCCAAGGAGGACGUCUCGAGCUCGACGUCGCUCAAGUCGUCGGUCCAGCGCAACAUCCGCAGCUCGCUUAUCGCCCAGCUGCCCCUCCUCUCCGCGCCUGCGUUCCGGGAAGGCGCUGCCGGUGCCGACGCCGACGCUGCUGCGGCUGCCGACACGGCUACUGCUCCUCCUGCUGACGAGGAGGUCGAGGAGGAGACCAAGGGCGGCAAGGGCAACAAGAAGGAGAAGGGCGGUGGCAAGGGCGGCAAGGGCAAGGGCGGCAAGAAGGGUGGCAAGAAGGACAAGCAUGAGGAGCCCGAGGAGGCCGAGGACGAGGGUGUUGUCACGGUCCUUGACGAGAUUUGGCCCAAGAAGGAGCCUCUGGGUCUUACCAAGUGCCACGACCGGAUAAGCAUCUACACUGUCAACCAGGUGCCUCUCUACUUCAACCACUUUGACGGCCCGUUCAUCCCCACCCUCCGCCUGCUGCACAAGUACCCGGACAUGCUCCCGCACGUCCAGGUCGACCGCGGAGCGAUCAAGUUCCUCCUCGCCGGCGCCAACAUGAUGGCGCCUGGCUUCCUGUCCAAGGGUGGUGUCCUGCCAGAGGGUCUGGCAAAGGACGCCAUCGUCGCCAUCCACGCCGAGGGCAAGGUCCACGCGACGGGUAUCGGCAAGAUGGUGGCCAGCACUGAGGAGAUUCGCAAGACGGGCAAGGGUGUUGCCGUCGAGGUCAUUUGCUGGGUUGGUGACGACCUCUGGAAGGUGCAGACGAUCGGCCUGUAG